AUGGAGACUGGUCUAAGCGAGAUCGGAAGCACGAAGAUGUUCGAUGGCUUCAACAAAAGAUACAAACAUUACAGUCCGACACUAGGAUGUUCCAUGACUUUCUCUGUCUACUUCCCUCCUUCUUCCUCAUCUUCCGGUAAAUUCCCUGUUAAAGAUGUCAAGAGCCACAUACAUAGUCGGUGCACUUGCAGGAUCUGCGGUGAUAGCAUACGCACUACUCCGGGAACUGUUUCUAACAAGGCAUGGUGGGCUGCGACUGAAGAGAGAUUCCAAGCGUGGCCAAGAACCGCUGGUCCUCCAGUCGUGAUGAACCCAAUCAGUCGCCAGAACUUCAUCGUCAAGUCACGCUCUGAAUAA